CUUCUCGCAGAAUUGCCCACCUUCUAUCUCUCUACGCCUCACGCCCAUCCUCGAACUGUGAUUGCUCACCUAAGAACACCUUCUAAAUUAAGGACGUGGGGACUCCCAAGCCAGGGCUCUUUACCUCACAAUGCCAAAAUACAGUGUGGGCCAGCACGUUCGUUACAAAUGCGUUGGAGGACCUCACUCCAAAACACCCCCCACAUCCGGCACCGUUAAGCAGGUCUUCACAGCCCCCACUACGCUCGAUGGCAAACAUAUCCGGGCUUCGGCGGACGAGCCGCGGUAUGUGAUCGAGAAUGUGAGGACGAGGAAGAGCUCCGCGGUUUUCGAGAGGAAUAUCUUGAGCAUAGAUGAAGAGAGUAGUAAGCAGGAAGAGCAUGGCGGGAAUACGGGCUUGGUCGGGGAAGCCGACUUGACGGGGCUAGUCAUGGGUGCCAUUAUGGGUGUCCGGGUUGAGGGGCCGAUGGGGAAGAAGAGGAUAUGGAGGGCGAUGGAUGAGGCGGAAGAAAGGGAGGGAGAGGACGUGUGAGGGUAUGAGUUGUAUUCUUGAGGAGGCUGGGGUCCUAUGUGGAGGGGUAUAACGUGCUUCGAGGAGGAGCUUCAGUUGGAAUGAAGAAAGAACGCCCCUUUUUUGAACGCCUUCACAUGCAAUGAAUUGCCC